AAACCUCAUUGGAAAAGUAGAAAUAAAACGGAAAACUCAAUAAACGGGUUCACCGUCCCUGUUCUCCGACACCCGGAAGCUCUCUAGCCUCACUCUCUCUCUCUCUCUCUCAUAUACUCACCACACUCUCAAGUCUCAACUCCUCUCUCAGAUCCGCACAGUCCUUAAUGCCCCAAAUCCCAAAACCCUAACCGUCAACACCAAAUGGAGCAGCUCAAGACCAUCGGCCGGGAGCUCGCGAUGGGCUCCCAGGGCGGCUUCGGCCAAUCCAAGGAGUUCCUCGACCUCGUCAAGUCCAUCGGCGAAGCCCGAUCCAAGGCCGAAGAGGAACGCAUCGUCCUCCACGAGAUCGAAACCCUAAAGCGCCGCCUCGCCGAGCCUGACAUCCCCAAACGCAAGAUGAAGGAGUACCUCAUCCGCCUCGUCUACGUCGAAAUGCUCGGCCACGACGCCUCCUUCGCCUACAUCCACGCCGUCAAGAUGACUCACGACGACAACCUCGUCCUCAAGCGCACCGGCUACCUCGCCGUCUCGCUCUUCCUCAACGACGACCACGACCUCAUCAUCCUCAUCGUCAAUACCAUCCAGAAGGAUCUCAAAUCCGAUAACUACCUCGUCGUCUGCACCGCCCUCAACGCCGUCUGUAAGCUCAUCAACGACGAGACCGUUCCCGCCGUUUUGCCUCAGGUGGUGGAGCUCUUAGGCCAUCAGAAGGAUGCCGUUAGGAAGAAGGCCAUCAUGGCGCUUCAUCGCUUUUACCACAAGUCGCCGGCGUCCGUGUCGCAUCUGCUGUCCAAUUUCCGGAAGCGCCUCUGUGAUAACGAUCCUGGAGUCAUGGGAGCCACGCUGUGCCCGUUGUUUGAUCUCAUUACCAUCGAUGUGGAUACGUAUAAGGAUUUGGUGGUCAGCUUCGUGAGCAUUCUGAAGCAAGUUGCAGAGCGGCGGCUGCCGAAGACUUAUGACUAUCAUCAGCUUCCGGCGCCUUUUAUUCAGAUCAGGUUGUUGAAGAUUUUGGCAAUGCUGGGGAGCGGGGAUAAGCAAGCGAGUGAGAAGAUGUAUACGGUAGUCAGCGACAUAUUUAAGAAGUGCGAUUCCACCAGUAAUAUAGGAAAUGCGGUUCUUUACGAGUGUAUUUGUUGUGUUUCUGCUAUACAUCCGAAUCCGAAGUUGUUAGAUCAGGCUGCUCAAGUCAUCUCAAGAUUUUUAAAGAGUGACAGUCAUAAUUUGAAAUAUAUGGGGAUUGAUGCUCUUGGUCGACUGAUAAAGAUCAGUCCUGAAAUAGCUGAGCAACACCAGUUGGCUGUCAUUGAUUGCUUAGAGGACCCAGAUGAUACUUUGAAGCGAAAAACAUUUGAACUUUUAUACAAGAUGACUAAAUCCUCCAAUGUGGAGGUGAUUGUCGACCGUAUGAUUAGUUACAUGAUAAGCAUAAAUGAUAAUCAUUACAAAACUUACAUAGCAUCUCGUUGCGUGGAGCUUGCGGAGCAAUUUGCUCCAAGCAAUCAAUGGUUUAUCCAGACCAUGAAUAAAGUUUUUGAACAUGCGGGAGAUUUGGUGAAUGUUAAGGUGGCACACAACUUGAUGAAAUUGAUUGCCGAGGGAUUUGGAGAGGAUGACGAUACUGCAGAUAGUCAGUUGAGAUCAUCUGCGGUGGAGUCAUAUUUGCGCAUAAUUGGAGAGCCAAAGCUUCCGUCUGUAUUUCUUCAGGUAAUUUGUUGGGUUUUGGGGGAGUAUGGAACUGCUGAUGGAAAGUAUUCUGCUUUGUAUAUCACUGGGAAGUUAUGUGAUGUGGCGGAGGCAUAUUCAAAUGAUGAAACUGUCAAGGCAUAUGCUGUAACAGCAAUCAUGAAGAUAUAUGCAUUUGAAAUAUCAGCCGGAAGAAAAGUGGAUAUGCUACCUGAGUGUCAAUCUUUGGUGGAGGAAUUAUCAGCUUCUCACUCAACUGAUCUCCAGCAGCGCACAUAUGAAUUGCAAGCUGUCAUUGGCAUAGAUGCUCAUGCCAUUGAGAGCAUUAUGCCGUCAGAUGCAAGUUGUGAAGACAUUGAGGUUGAUAGGGAACUUUCUUUCCUCAAUGGUUAUGUCCAACAGGCAAUAGAAAAAGGCGCUCAGCCAUAUAUUUCUGAGAAUGAGCGCUCUGGAAUGUUGAAUAUCAACAAUUUCAGAAACCAAGAUCAGCAUGAAGCUCUAAGUCACAGUCUUCGGUUUGAGGCCUAUGAGCUUCCCCAGCCAAUGGUACCAUCAAGAGUUUCUCCAGCUGCAGUUGCAUCAUCAACUGAACUUGUUCCAGUGCCUGAGCCAUCUUAUGCUAGGGAGACACACCAGGUUGCAUCAUUGCCAUCUAUGUCGGAUGCAGGAUCCUCAGAACUUAAAUUACAACUUGACGGCGUUCAAAAGAAAUGGGGCAGGCCUUCAUACUCGUCUUCUCCAUCUUCAACCUCAACUUCUAGUUCCCAAAAAACAACAAUUGGGAUCACUGAGGUAGAUGGUGCGAGUUCUUCACACUCAAAAACACGUGGUACUUAUGACUCGAGGAAGCCAUCAGUUGAAAUUUCUCCAGAAAAGCAGAAGUUGGCCAGUUCACUUUUUGGAGGUUCAUCAAAAACCGAGAAGAGGGCAUCUUCGGGAAAUCAUAAAGUGUCCAAGGCCGCAGAGAAGUCACAGGUAUGGAAGGCAGCAGGUGCACAACCUGAGCCUGCAGUGGAGAAAAUCAAUCGUGAACCUCCUCCAGACUUGCUUGACUUCAGUGAUUCAACUGUUGCUAGUUCUGCUCCGUCCAUAGACCCUUUCCAGCAGUUGGAAGGGCUUCUUGAUCAAACCGAAACUACAUCAACUGUAAAUAAUGGUACAGCAGGUGCUUCACAAACACCUGAACUUAUGGGAAUAUAUGCAGAUACUCCUGUCAGUGGGCUCAGUGGUAGUGUUGCCAAUAGAGAUCUUGCCUCUGAGUUAUCAAAUGCUACAAGAUCUUCUCAAGUUGGGGUGUCACAAUUGAACAAGGGUCCUAACCCUAGAGAUUCAUUGGAAAGGGAUGCACUUGUAAGGCAGAUGGGCGUUAACCCCACUAGUCAGAACCCAAACUUGUUUAAAGAUUUGCUUGGCUAGAGCUGUUUGUUUGGAAGAUUUAAAAUCAAAGUGUUCGAGACUAUCAUUUUGUCAUGCAUGGUCUUUUGAAGUGGCUGGUUAUAUGAUAUGGGAAGUAGCUCAUUUUCAUGGGUUUCACUCACAUCAACACGCAGAGUUGUAAAGACACCCAUAUGGAGUGAUUUGAACUCCCUCAAUGGUGGGUAAAAAUCAGUACAGGGCCUGUAUCCGUUGAACUGUAUGGCUUUUGUUGGAAUUUAACCAAGUUUCAAGUUGGUUGCAUUUGGAAGUUGUUUCAGGUGGUGGUGAAUCCAGAGCUUUUUCUUUGCGGCGAUACAUAGGUUUUGGAGCACUCUAAAAAGAUGAUUACAUUGGGGACUACUAUGCAGGGCCUUGUCUUGUUAUAGAAAAGCUGUACAAUAAAAUUUUCAUUUCUGCAGACGUUUGCCUCUGGUUCCUUAUUUGAAUUCUCAAUCACUUUGUAAGUUUGGAAGUAGUCCGCAGGGACUGUAAGUAGCUCAAUUUUUUCCCCUUGCUUGUAUUUUUAUUUUCUUUGAGUGUUAAUACACAUUCCAUAUAUGUAUGUUUAGCCAAUCAUUACUGUGUCACUAAUAAUGAGCUUUGGUGAUUCGGUGAACAGUACCUUGGACUCCCAAUUUUA